UAGACAUUUAACAAAAAAUUCUUUCUUUCAUCGUCAGCAAUCUUUAAUAACAAAAAUCUUCUUCGAUACCAGUAAGAAUCUUCUGUUAUUAGAUCAAAAAUUUGGAACAAGCCUUAGACUUCUUGUCUGAGAAUGACGAGGUUAUCAUCAAAGGCGCUUAGGAUCAUCAAAACAUGUAAUCUGUAUGCCAGUUGCAUAUCUUCAGGUAUUUCAAUAGCAGUGGUCGGACCCUGCCUGCUGGACUUUCAAGAACUCGUCCAUACUGACACUGAGCAUAUAGCAAUCAUAUUUACUUGCCGAUCAGCGGGAUAUUUAGCUGGUUCUCUGCUUGGUGGAGCCUUAUUCGAUCUUACAGAGAAGAAACAGUUUCUGAUGACUGUCUUGAACUUUCUCAUAGCUCUCAGCGUAUUUGCUAUUCCUUGGUCUGAAACAGUAGAAAUGCUUGCAGGAUGGUUGGUUUUGAGUGGACUUUCCACGGGUGCUUUGGAUACAGGUUUAAAUGUUUGCUGUCUCAAUCUAUGGGGUAAAGAAAGCGGACCUUUUUACCAAGCUCUCCACUUCACGUACAGCUUCGGAAGUCUUUUAGCACCCCUUAUAGUGGCACCUUUCCUCGGAGAUUACCAUCAUGAAUCACUUAUCAAUGGCACAUCAUCAUUUCUGAACGAAACAUCAGUGGAAUUCAGCAGUAAUUUCAACAAUACCAGCACAAAUUUCAACAAUUAUAACAAUUUCCAUAGUUCUGAAAUUCCAUCUCUAACGUAUGCUUACCUAAUUAUGGGAGGAUACUCGCUUCUAGUUGCCGUUUCUUUUCUUACUGUGUGCAUCAUCGCGCCAUUAGAUGUCGGCAUUAGCAAAAGUGAAACGGCCGAAACAAAACAAGAAAAUGUUGCCUUUGUCACUAUAGUUGUAAUGCUUGCUUUUUCACUGUUAUUCGUAGUAACAGGUACACAAAUAAGUUACGCACAAAUGAUUGCCACACACUCAGUCAAAGGUCCUCUACACUUGACAUCAGUCAUUGGUUCAUAUGUUACUUCCUCAUUCUGGGCAGCUCUUACUAUUUCGAGAUUUUCCUCCAUAUUUUUUGCCAUUAAAUUCAGUAGCUUAGCCGUUAUAGUAUUCGAUCUUAUUAUAUAUUUUACUGGAGCUGUGGUUCUGCAGUUCUUAGCUGCAUCGAGAGAAUGGGCCCUAUGGCUUGCCACAGUUUUGCUUGGGUUUGGCUUAGCCUCUUUGUUCGCAUCAGUCAUAACCUGGGUUGAGCGAUAUAUCACCGUUUCUAAUAAAAUUCUUGGACUGUUCGCGAGUGGCUCAGCGUUUGGUGAAAUGGUAAUUCCUUAUGUCAUUGGUUACUUCCUUGAAAAAAUCCCUGAGGUUCUUAGUUAUGUGGUUACAGCAUCGUGUGUCCUUUCAAUUCUUCUGACAGUAAUACUGUAUUUAAUAUUGAGAAAUAAGCAGGAUAAGUAUGUAGAAAAAGAAGGAAUACCUAAUAUUGCUUUUGAUGCAAAUGCAGCAGCUUAGAAGAUUAUUUUGGAUAGUUUUCAUGCCAGAUUUCUCAGGUACAUAAAGAAAAAAAAAACUUACUUUUUUUCAAAAAAAAAUAUUACAAGGGAUCAUAUCUUAGUUAAGGAGUUGCUAUUAUUUGAAUUCGAAUUUUAAAUAAAAGCAGUUAUGCAAUAGAGACCCAACACACAACAUUAUGGGUUUUGCUAACUGCUUCUAAAUGUAAUAUUUUACUGUAAUAUUUAAUAUUUUACGUUACCAGUAGUAUCUCGUAAUGAAUGCAAGGAAAAUAUUUCUGAAUGACUUCAAAAUAUAUCACAUUGCUUUUUUGACAUAGUUAGACAUCUAUAAUUAGUUAUUUCUAUAGUGACUGAAAUUUAAUAAUUGAUUUUGGAAGGAUGUUCAGCAUUACUUUAAUACAUCAUGUGUUGCUGAACCAAAAGUGUCCUAAAAGGAGUAUAAUUCAUAUAGUUUUGGUUUGUAUUGAAGCAUUUAAAUAUGUUAAGGCUCCUUUGUUUCAUAUUUUCCUGCGAAUUUUCAAACUAUUAUAAACAUUUUAGAAUGAGGACUUACUUAUAAUUUUGACGACUUUUCUGCAAAAUAUGUGUAAAAUCUGCAAAAUGAUAAUUUUAGAGAAUUCUAAGCUAUUUUAAUAGGACACGAAUGGAUAUCGUUAGAAUGAACUAAUGAUUAUAAAAAACAAGACUUUGAACAGUUUUGAAGAAAUCUGUUUUAUAUUGAUUCCUGUUUUUAAAAAUUCUGAAAAUUCCAUUUGUUUCGUAACUGCGAGAAAACGUGAAAAUUAUAUUGUUAUUCAUGUGGUCUUUCAAGAAUGUAAAAAGAAGACACUGUCCUAAAAAAGUCUCAAAUUAAAAUGAUCAGUAUAAUGAAAAUUAUAAUUUGAUUUUAACAUUCUUAGUGGUAAA